AUGCCGCUUUGUCUCACCUUCAUCGACUUGAAGAAGGCCUUCGACUCAGUUGAGACGGAAGCGGUCGUGGAAGCCUUGGACAACCAAGGCAUCCUUACUUCGAACAUAAAGGUACUUCGAGAGUUGUACACCACCCUCGAGAACGCAAUGCGAAAGUUGGAAUGGGACGACAUAGGAGUGAAGGUUGAUGGUCGGCCGCUACACCUUUUGCGCUUUGCUGAUGACAUCGUACUGAUAACACCUAACAUAAGCCAAGCGGAACGAAUGCUUACCGAAUUCGACGAAACAUGUGGAUGCAUCGGUCUUCAGCUGAAUCUCCAAAAGACGAUGUUCAAGUCGGGACAUCAGCAUGAUGAACGACCUGACCUCCGAGCUGGGCAGAAGGAAACGAGCGGCUUGGGGAGCAUUCAAGAGCAUCGAGGAUGUAGUGAAGAGGACCAAGAACAUGCGGCUCUGUGCUCACCUAUUCAACACCACCGUCUUCCUGCCUUGACCUACGCUUCAGAAAGGGUGAUGCUAGGAGUAACCCAUUUCACGCAAGUGAGGGACGGGAUUCGAAGUUCUCUCCUACGUCAGCGAUCGAAGAUUAGAGACGCCACCGCGUUUGCCAAGGAAAGUAAAAUAAGGUGGGCCGAACACCGCAUUGCAGGAGGACCGCCGAACCGAUGGUCAGAUUUCUUCACAAAGUACUUCAAAGAAAAUUAUGAUGCUCUUCGCGUCCCAAGCGAAAGGAGGAACCACUGGGCGACUCUGGCACGCGAUCGGGACAAAUGGAAGAAUUACUGGCGCCCGCUCGACCAGUUCGAGCAUCAACGGGAGUCAAGGCGACUUGGUGAUGUUCUUCACGAGAACAACGGAUUGCCUGUGCUGUUUUCGUGCUAUGAAGAGGUGAAGAAAUUUGUCGAGGGAACAGAAAUCACCGAAUUACAUUUGGGAGAAAAUCGCUUCGCUCGAAAUAAUAAAAUGUCACCAAGGGAAUUGCUGGAGGCCGCGAGGAAAGCGUGCGAAAAAGCCGAGAUGGACGAUUUCGAAGCGCAUUGCCACGACUGUGAUAUCUCAUCUCUCACAUGCCUUAGCGACGGUUGUGAGUCCAGCGCUUCACAGCAGUUGAUUGUAGAACUUCUCGGCCAGGAGGCUUUUGAUCGCUAUGAGACAGUCCUACUUUCGAAAACCUUGAAUGGAUUGGACGAUGUUUGUGUGUGUCCUAGAAUCACGUGUCAGAAACCGGCUGCCAUCAGCAAAGCGACUGACAAUUUGGCAACAUGUCUAGUCUGCGGUUACUCAUUCUGCACUGGAUGCCGUCGAACAUUUCACGGAGUUCAUCCCUGCAAAAACAAGUUCGACAUAUCCAUUUCAUCUUUUGUCGAAAACGAAGAUGGUACAUGGGGACUGCGAGAGGUGACGUUGCAGGAGUAUCUCAGAGCAACUCCCGAGGAAAGAAUUGAAAUGGGUUGGUGGUAUGGAGGGAUAGAAAAUUUGGAGGCUGAAAUGGAAGAAGCAAUGAAGAAGGUGGAUGCCCACAGUUAUAUGUGGAUUCAAGAGAACAGCAAGAAAUGCCCCAACUGCUCAAUUCCCAUUCAGAAAAACGGUGGCUGUAAGAAGGUGAUCUGUUCUGCUUGUAAGACCCCCUUCUGCUGGGUAUGCGAGGUGAUUCUCGACUUGCGGAACCCAUACAAACAUUACGAUGGUGGUGUAAGCUCUUCUGCAAAUACAGCCGAAACUGUCUCAUAG